UCACCCAGCCUCUGUAACGAUCCACCGCAGCCAACGAAGCCAGACAUGUCUCAAGGACACCAGAUAGCGUUCGUUUUGAUUGUUUGCUCGGCCCAGUUUCUUUCAUUAGGCGGCAUGAACCAAACGGUCGCGCCAGUCAUGAUCUUGGCUGAGUAUUUUCAUAUUCACGACUACGGGACGCUGAGCUGGUUCUCAGCGGCUUACAGUAUGACAGUGGGGACUUUCAUCUUGCCUGCAGGCAGGCUUGGCGACAUGUAUGGCCACAAGAAGGUCUUCCUAAUAGGAUGGGCAUGGUUCUCCAUGUGGUCUCUGAUAUCGGGCUUCUGCUAUAGGUGGGGCGUUGUCGUGUUCAGUGUAUGCCGCGCGUUCCAAGGGAUGGGACCAGCCUUGAUCGUGCCCAAUGCUAUUGCCCUCAUCGGGCGGAACUUUCCAAUCGGCGUGAAAAGGAAUACAGUUUUCGCAUGUUUUGGCGCAGCGGGGCCUACAGGAGCGACCGCCGGUGCCGUCUUCUCGGCUCUGAUUGCUGAGCUCUACUGGUGGCCGUGGUGCUUCUGGAUACUAUCAGCUGUUUGUCUCUGCGUCAUGGCCAUGACUUUCUGCAUCAUCCCAAAUGAAGAGGGCCCUUUGCAUCCUCCAGGAAUCGACCGGCCGACCUUUGAUUAUCUAGGCUCGCUGACAGGAGUCACCGGCCUGAUAUUGAUCAACUUCGCACUCAACCAAGCACCUCUAGCUGGGUGGGCGACGCCAUACAUCCCAGCCAUCCUAACUCUGGGAGUAGUAUCCAUGGCCAUCUUCGUCUGGGUCGAGCUAUACAUCACCCCGCACCCCCUCAUCCCAAUCCGCGGGCUCGGCUUCGAAGCCCUCUUCGCCCUCGCCUGCAUCGCCGCCGGCUGGGGCAGCCACGGCAUAUGGGCCUACUACCUCUACCUUUUCCUCGAGCACCUGCGCGGGCACAGCGCGCUCCUCACCGCCGCCGAAACCUCUCCCGUGGCCAUCACGGGCGUCUUCUUCGCCUUCUCGACCGUCUGGCUCCUCCGCCGCAUCGCCGUGUCCUGGGUCAUGCUGAUCGCCAUGCUCUUCUUCCUCCUCGGCGCGCUCCUGAUGGCUCUCGCGCCGCUGCACCAGACCUACUGGGCGCAGACAUUCGUCUCGGUCAUGCUCAUGCCCGGCGCGAUGAACCUCUCGUUCCCCGCCGCGACGAUCCUGCUGUCGACCGCGCUGCCGAAGGAGAAGCAGGGGAUUGCUGCUAGUCUGGUCAGCACGAUGGUUAAUUACAGCAUCAGCUGCGGGCUGGGGUUCGCGGGGUCGGUACACCGCUACACUAUCGGGCGGACUGCGAAGCGGUUGGGAGUGGAAGUCGCCGCGCCGCUGGGAGAUGCGACGGCAGAUGUUAUCCAGGCGCGGUUGACGGGACUCAGGGGCGCGUACUGGUUCGCGGUUGGGUUGAGUGGGCUGGGUGUGCUGGUUGCGGGGGCUUUCAUCUUGGUGUCGAAGCGGAAAGAGAGGGCGAGGGUGAGGGAGGAGGGGCGUGGGUGAACGGGUUCACUGGAGCGGAUCUUGGCCGCCAUUGGAAGACGGAGUGGGGAAGAAAUUUUAGUUGAUGGAUCAUACACUGUAUAUAUACUUUUUUGUAGGGAACAGGGAUCAGUUGGUACGGCAGAAAGCUCGCCAGAAGCAUGAAUGGAGUUCUAGGAAACGGAUAUUGUAGCUGAAAAUUGUCGGCAUUAUAUAGAGUCAUGAGUUAUGAGCACUUUUGCUGUAAGGUCGGCCUAAGGUUCCACUG